AAGAGGAAUUGGGAAAAUUACUCGGAAACCCUUGCAUUUUCGAAGCACCUCAUUUCACCGCAUCGUGAAGAACUUCAUGGUGCAAGGUGGUGACUUCAGCGAGGGUAAUGGGAGAGGUGGCGAAUCAAUUUACGGCGGUUUCUUUGAAGGUGAGUUUGCCUUGCUCGUUACAGCUGCUGGCUGCAAUUGACACUGUCAAAACAUCUCCUAUCCUCACUUAUGCACACAACACAUGCGCUAGCGUAAAUUAAAUUGAUUUAUGUUAGUAUUGGUCGGUGCAUAUCCUCAGCUGUGUGUUGAAUAUCUGGUGCGUGCGCACAGUCUAAAGGCCAUUUCCAGCGAUGGUAGCUUUUGUGUUAGGUGGAAACUUAGCACCUCUUUGACAUCUGUCUGCCUGUUUCACCUGAACACUCUUAACUUAUUGUUUUAUUUAUAGACCGAUGUUCUUUGCAUUCCACAAGGUGAGUACAGCACAUAACAAAAAACUGUGUUCUCCAAAAAAUGGUGUUUGAACAAGAGGUAGGUUUAAACAUGUUCAACAUUACAUAGGUCAUCUGCCUUGCAACUUAUGAUGCGAAAAAUACCAAAUGAACACUUGCAAGUGCCAUUUUUCUUUUCAGGCUUAAACGUUUACAGUACGUUUAAUAGAGUCUCUUGAAAUAUUGGAUCGACGAGUUUUUAUUAGCGCGCUUGCUAUGCCGAUGACCUUUGUUAGAAUAAAUUAAUUGUGAAAUGUUUCCAUGCAAAAAUGUCAAUACUUUAAAUUAUGGAGAAGGAUAGACCUAUCUGUAACCUAAUUAAGAAUGGAAAUGAUUGUAGUAAUGGACAGAAUUGCAUUGCUGUAUUUUUUUAAACAUGUCAGGGCUCAGUCGAUCUGUUUUUUUACACAAUCACGUUUAUUUUGGCACAGAUGAAAAUUUUCAACUGAAGCAUGACCAGGAGUUUCUGCUUUCCAUGGCGAACAGGGGCAAGGACACCAAUGGCUCCCAGUUCUUCAUGUGAGUGGUGUAUGUGGCUCGUGGCCAUGUGGCCACACCCAGCGUGUGGGCCUGGUGCCAUCCCACUAGUCGUUGGCCGCGGCACUGUGCAGCUAACUGACUGGUCAGCUGGCUGGCUAGCUCAUUUGUUAGCUAGCCAGCUGGCUAGUUGAUUGGCGGGUUGGAGUGUUUGAUCACUAGCUGUCCGCUGGCCCAUUAAUUGAUUCGCUGGAUGGCUCCUUAGUUCACUCGCUGGCUGACCUUUUCGUUAAUUGGCUGGCUCGCUGGCUGAUUGACUUGUCUGUCAGCUGGCUGUCCAGCCAGAUGAUUCCUGUUAUUAUUUAGUGAAGUGUUAGCUUUUUAGUUGGUAAUUUUAAAGGCGUUUCUUUUGUGCCUUUUCUGUUCAUGAACUGAUUAUUACACGUUUCAAUAAUUGUUCUGUUAUGGUUUCUUUGGAUUGGUUUAAACAGAUCCAAAUGCAAGGUUUGAGUAAAAUGAGAUAGUGGCAAACAGUAGGAUCCAGACAUGUAGCUGCCACAAGGAUGUUAUGUUGUACAUGUUGUUAAUUGUAUGUUAUGUACCAACUAUUAAUCUUUCUUCCACUGAUAUCUUGCUUUACUAACAGUUGUCUUCUAUCGUGUAGAUCCAACCGUGUUGCUUUACACCAUUCCCAGGGCCCUGCCACAGUUUAACUCUGUAGCUGCAAAACCACAGUUGCUUGAUGUGUGACAUGACCUGUAUACCAGUAACCAGUGGGCAAAUUUGCCUAAAAGUGUGUGUCUUUGUUCAGCGAUGGUGCAGUAGUUCACACAUUGCACUGCAACCCCGGAGAUCUGGGUUUAGUUCCUGGCCAUGGGUAGAUAACACUAGUGACAAGUGGUAUCUCAACCUGUACUGGGCCCUCCCGUUAGCUUUUACUUUAUUGGGGCGAAGGGUGUUAAACAGAACUAGGGAGACAAAGACUGCUGGGCGUUGUUCUGGCCACACCAACUCAAGGGUAUAUGGCUUACCUCAGUAUGAGCCCACAGCUGUUUGAGGUUGUAAAUAUUUUUCUUUAUUUCAUGAAGUUGUGAUCCUGAAUAGUGACAUUUGCGCAGCAGGCGGCAGUGAAUUUUGAAAUACCUGUUAUUUACCCACGUGUGCCUGGUAAAUAUAUACCAAAUACACUUUCUUUUAUAGGUUAUUAGCUGCUUUGCUCAUGUAUAAAUCGGUUCACACAAAACACCAGCGAAGUGUGGGCCCCUGGAAUUGGCAAUUAAUAAGCUGUGGAGUAAAUUAGUUUGUGCAUUACUGGGUGGUGUUCCUCUGAAACUCCACAGCGUGAAAGAGAAACAUGCCAGCUUUGGUUUCUCAGCUUCCUGCUGUCAAAGUUAGAAUGGUAUGUUGGCUUAAUUUAAGAAACGGACAGCCUUCCAAAAAAUCACAUCAACUCGUUUUUCUAAGAGCUGGAAUGUGCCAUUACAAGCUGUGGGGGUUGAGUUGGAGCCAAGACUAUGUUAAGUUUUUGAAUUUCUGUCAGGAAUUGUACUUUACGAUUGCUGUACUUGAAUAUGUGUGCAAAUGUUUACAUUACAUUAACACUUUUUUUCUGGUGUUAAAAUUUCUCUCUUGCCAUUUUUGUGUAAAAUUUGCAGAAUCAUUGUUACCCCCUCUGCUAUCAAGCACCACCAAGCCGGCCCCUCACCUCGACGGAGAGCACGUCGUGUUCGGACGCGUCCUAUCCGGCCAGGACCUCUUGAAGGAGAUUGAGAACCAGAAGACGGACGCCAACAGCCUCCCGUACGCAGACAUUCGCGUGGUGCAUUGCGGAGAGGUCAACGAGCAGCUACGAGGCGAGAACGAUGGGCUCCGUACGGGGAGCCGCGACCGCCACUCGUCCCGCUCGGCCUCGUCCCAUUCGGACUCGGACAGCGAAGCUGAACGGGGGAGUGGCGUUGCGGGCGGGACUGGUGGGAUGCGUAAACGCAAGGCGGUGGAUGAGGACGUGUCCUCCAGGGGUGCAGACUCCAAGCGCCCGAGGCCGGCGCACUGGGCGUCCCGGAGAUCUUCCACCGGGAGAGGCUCGUCGAGCCGCAGCUCCGAUGAGGAGCUGUCGUCGCCGAGACGUCCGCGCCGCACCGUGCAGCCUGACCUGAUCCCCGCCGUGCCGCAGAAUAGUUUCCUGCUGCGGGGGAACUCCAAGCCCAAGAGCAGUGACGCCCUGCCGGGCCGGGGCAAACCCACCCAACACCAGCCGGCCGUUUCCAAGUCUGGCCGCAAGAUCAAGGGGAGGGGCACUAUGCGUUAUCGCACGCCCUCGGGCUCCCGCUCGGAGUCGGAGGCCGCCGCUGGGAAGGUGGAGAGCUGGCGCAGCGAGACCCCCCCUCACUGGAGGGAGGAGAUGAACAAGACAAGGAACACGGCGCCAGCACAGAGCAGCCAGGGCCGCUGGACUAAGGGUGACAAGCUGGCAGAGUACGAGCGCAAGGACGAGCACCGCUCCCCAUCUCCCUGGUCGCACGACGGCUAUGUGGAGGAGCGCGGCCAGUCAGAGCACAAGAAGAAAAAUACCAAAAAGGCAAAGCACAAGAAGAAAAAAAAACACAAGAAGGAUUCUGAGAAAGAAAAAUCUCCGGCAAAAUCCAUCGAGCCACCCUCCUCGCAGUCCAGUCUGAGGUCCGAGUCCAUUGACAUUAGCCGAAAAAAUACUUUACAGCCCCUUCUCCAAACCCCAACAGAUUCCAAGGUUUUAAAGAAAUCCAGCGACGCCACCGGUAAAACACUCUCGGAUCGGUCACGAGAUAUCUCGAGUUCAAGGUCACGCUCCAGUUCUUUAUCACGUUCUUCACGUUCGAGUUCGCAGUCGAGCUCCCGGCUGUGGUCUCGCAGGAGAAGCUACUCCACGUCACGCUCCAUUUCCCGCUCGCCGUCCCGCUCACAAUCCUCCACCAGACCCCGCCGCUUCCACUCGAGCCGCGGACGUUUCGCCAGGGCUCACCGCGGGUCGCGCUCUAGCACGGGGUCGCGCUCGUACUCCAGGUCGAGGUCAAGGUCGCGCCGGCGGUCGUACUCGCGGAGGCGGUCGUGCGGGCGAUCUUACUCUCCCCGCGGCCAUUCCUCCUACUCCUCGCGCUCUCGCUCAGGUUCACGGGCCAGGGUGGCCCCCUCCACAGCACGGCCAGCUGCUCCCCAAAACCCCGUCGCUGUCAAAGCAGCCGAGAUUGCCAGGGUGCUGGCGCCCGUAUUGGUGCCGACGGAUGAGCCUGCGGCACCUCUACCCCCCAUGAGUGACAGCCCUCCGCCCUCGCGUUGGAAGCCGGGGCAAAAGCCUUGGAAGCCUUCCUAUCUCAACACCAAAGAGUCUCGUGGUAGUGCCGCGACUUUCCCUUCCGUUGUCUGGCUCCCUCCACUGGCUGUUGAGGGCGACAAGCAGAUGGUGCCGCAAGCGCCGCAGAAGCAGAGCGUCGCCUUGGAGUCGGUGAUUGAACUGGAUGGACAGGUGCUGAUAGAGGAACCACAGGGCAUGAAAAGGAAGCACAGUCCUGCGAGGGUGAAGACCGCAUCCAGGUCGCACACGAGAUCACGCUCCUCUUCCGUUUCCAUGGGCAAGGAGCUCCACAUCUCGUCACGCUCCAGGACGAGGUCCCCAUCGCGAUCGGAUGCGCGUGCCAGCUCCAGGUCUCCGUCUCACUCGUGGUCCCCUGACUACAAAGCCCACUCUCUAUCCAGCUCUACGUCCUCCUCGGACUCCAGGCGUGCGGCUGUACGAGCCGAGCCCACGGAGCCGGAGCGGCCUGCAGUGAGUGGUGCCAAGGAACCUCCCCUGUCCGAAGGGGAGCUCUCACACUUGUCAAGUCGGCCAUCCGACGUGGACUCCGCCUCCAGUGGGGUGGCGUGCCUCAAGCGCAGGAAGAAGCCGAAAGGCCUGAGGAAGAAAAAGAGCAAGAAGAAGAGGUCCCACCGCAAGAAGCAACAGAAAGCAACGAACGAGAGGGAGGGCAGUUCUGCAAGCGCAGAUUCAGGCCAAGCUGAAUUGUGCCCCUCCCGUUCCAAUGGCGACAAGAAUACCCGGGUGCGCCCCGCCCCAAGGCCUGUGGGCAACACCGAGAAGGGCAGAGCACAUGACAGUCAUUCGAAAAAAGAUGGCGACAAAAAGAAGAGAAAGAAAAAAGUGGCAGAAAAACCGAAGGGAACGUUUCACUGGCAGCCACCUCUUGAGUACGGGGAGGAAGAGGAGGAAGAAGAGGAAGAAUCGCGUGGUGACAGUCUGGUCACAGCAGCUGGCACCAGUGACAAACAGGGUCGAGGAGAGGGCAGAGCUGAUGACAUGGUGACCGAACAAGUGUCUCGUGGUGCUGAUAGCGGUGGUGGUGUAAUUGGAGUGGCGGCGGCGGCAGCGGUGGUCCAUCUUGAGGCUGUGAGCAGCACGGACGUGCGCAUUGGAAGUGGAGGUGGCAUCCCACCGAGAGUAGUCGGUGCAGUUGCCCCUGUAGAAGAGACUGCUGAGAUUACUAAAGAGAAACGCUCAGCAUUGACACCUCCGAUUGACGAAUCUGUUGAGGAGUUUGAGAAACUUGAAAACAUAAAUGGCGCAAGUGCAGACCCGGAUAAGUGUGCACAUCAACUGGAGGCAGCUGAUGAGCUCACGGAGUUGAAUGUAGCCAUGCCAGAUGAGGUAGGGCCCAUGGACGUGUCACCUUUGAAGGACAUUACAGAGCACGCCACGGACACCUGUGUUAGAAUGUCUGCAGAGAACGUACCGGACAAGACCUUCGACCCACACGAAAGUGUCUCCCUGUGCACCAAGACGACACCUGAGCCCGGUUGUGAGCUUGCUGGUGAAUGCUCGUCAGCACGUGCAAUUACACCAGACGCAGAGGGAGCCGUAGAGUGCGCGAGUAGUCCAUGUGUGGACGCUCGCAGGGGACACAGAGAUGCAAGAGACACUCCACGCGAAUCUGUCACAGAGCAGCUGAAAACGGUGACGGCCGCUAACGUGGGUGCAGCAGCGAAGACGGAGGAGCGACGAGCAGAAGCAGCAGACAGGGUGGACGAGAGAGAGGAGGAUGCGAUGAGCCUGGAUGAGGAUGAGUCGUUGUCCGUCGUGGAGGUGCACGUACCUGCCCUCCAGGUGGAGGGUAUCAAGCUGGAGCCAGAAACUCCUUCGCCUGCAGUGUUUGUCGGCAGUGACGCCGUCCCAGAGACGAGGGCAGUGACGUACACCAUUUUAUCGGACAAGUGGAAGCCUGUGAAGGAAACCCAAGCGGUCCUCUCUGUCGCCACUGCCAAGGUGGAGAGGGCAAACCGAAAGAUGCGUGCCGGCAUUGGCGCGGGCGGAAAAGCCGUGCUCAGCGGAACGGUUUCUGUCGGCAAUCUGAAAUGGAAACCUGUGGAGGGACCAAAGAUUUACAUAUCGCCCAAAGUGGCGGUGUCCAACUUGCCCGCCAAUUCAGCCAGUGCUGGCUUGAAGGAGGAACCUGAAACUCGGUCAGACAAAGUGGUCGGCGUGGGUGGGCAGCUCCCCCGAGUGGGUGUGAAGCCAGUGCCGGGCAGUGGAGACGCGGCAACCAGCCGGGAGAAAGCGUCCACUAAGGAAACCUCGCGGAAAGACUCAUUGAAAGUUCUCGACAUGAUCAAGAAGAAAGCGGUGAAGCCAGGCUCGCUCUUCGACGAGCUCAGCAAGACGAUGAAGCAACGGCGACAUCAGCGACCGCGAGCCAAGUCGAGCGACGGCUCCAGCGACGAGGAAGACAACGAUUACAACGACGACGACGACGGUUGUGGCGGCGGAGGAAGCGGCGGUGACAGUGUUGGCGGUAGAAGUGGCAAGAGGGAUGGCAGGAAGCGGCGGAGCAGCAGGCGGAGCUCGAGGCGGCGCCAACGACGGCCGGGGCAGAACAGCGGCAGUCGUGAGAGUUCCCGGAGUCGCAGGGCGUCGCGCUCCAGCCGCUCCAGCAGCUCCGAGUCACGCUCUCGCAGCCGAUCGCGCAGCCGCUCGAGAUCCUCGCACGGGUCCGGCCGGCGCCACGUGGGCAGCAGCCGAAGACGCGUGCGGGGACGCAGCCGGAGGAGUUGGAGCCACGCUCGCUCGUGGAGAAGCUUAUCCAGCUCUGACCGCAGCUACCGGCGCCGCAGGAGGUCAUACAGCCGCCACUCGAGGUCACGGUCUCGCAGCCGCUCCCACAGCCGCCGCAGCCACUCGAGGCGCUCAUACUCCUCCCACGGCAGCUACCGCAGUACGAGUCGGAGUCGCGGCCGCCGCAGCUCAACCUCCGACAGCGACAGGUCACGAAGGAGCAGGACACGCUCACGCUCCCGUUCUCGCCGGACGUCGUCGCGUUCGUCCAGCGGCAGCGGACACGGCUCCUACAGCGGCAGCGCCAGUGCGAGUAGUCGCUAUAGCUAGGACGAGCGCAGAGUCAGGGGAGCUGGAGGGUUCUCGCGGGUGCCGUUUGGGUUCCGUGUGGGAGAGGGAAAAUACGCUGGGCGAAACCGUGCCUACAUCGCAGCUGGUGUGUAAACGGGAACUACAUCCUUGAGAGUUGCACCACACCGUGGGAGUCGCACUACUUGUGCCACCAGGUUAGAUGCACAACAAGCAAGUGUACGCCACAAGUAACGUACAUCGCGAGAGACUGAGCACUGCACCCUGGGUGCGACGAUCUUGCGCCGUGCCCUAUGCAGUCACACCACUCCUUGUGGACAUUCACCCAACACUCUGGGCACAAUUACGCCACACCUUGGACAAGCACUUGUUCGCUAUACCCUGCGGACAGCCACACCACACGAUGGGUGGAAAGCAUUAUCCUGCGCCCUGGAGUCGCACACUCGAACCAACUACUCACGGCGCAAUGGAAUCCAUGCAGUGAUGACGCUGCUGUGAUGAGCAAAGUUAUCGGCUGGAUCACACCUCAAAGCUCUCCUUUCAGUAACAAUGAGGGCAGUAGAGUUAAAGGGAAAGUUUCUUGAUGUUUUUUUUUUUAAAUAAAUGCUGAAACAAAAUUAACAUCUUGUAAAAUUCAAGGCACUGCAAAUGAUUGGUGGUGGUGGUGUGUAAAGGGUGAGAAGCAACAAAGUGAUUUUACAACUCGAGGAAAUUUUGAUUUAAAGCUUUCGUGACUGCAGGGAUUCAUAUUCUUGGUUCUUUCGGUAAAGUCACGUAGAAGGGAAACAAUAAAAUAAUACGUGACUUUACCGAAAGAACUAAGAAUAUAACUCGAGGAAAUGUUUCCAGAAUUGUAAUUUUAUAGCAGCCAAGUUCAUUACUUUGUGACAAAGUAACAAUUAUCACGGGGAAAAUACUCACGGGGUUUGCUUCUCCACCUUGUUCCUGCGUUUCAUAAAAGCCUCAAGUUCUAAACGUCAACGCCGCUUCGAUGCUGCAGACAAGGUCACUGUCCCUGCCAGAUUCAAUGCCUGUGCAAGAGUUAAUCAUGCACGUGACUUGAUUUAUUUCGAUCCAGUCUCAAUGCCAACCGUGGAACGCUGCAUCAUGCGCCGUCAUUUCAUGGCUAGUUUGAGGCUGCUGAUGUUCUGAAUGUAUUGCUAGGCUCGGUGAGCAAAACAAAGUGAGACCAGUGUAAAAAAUCUUGUUCCCUUUGCAGGUGAUGUUGGCCAACAUUGUAAAGUGCCAAUGUAGGUCAACAUUGUCAAAUGCCAAUAUAGGUGAAGCAAGAAUAGGUUAAAAAAUGUUUGCUGCAGCCAUGCCAAGUCUUGUUUGAAAGCUAAUUUUGUUUCAUGUCAUUAAGACCGCUCCGCAUGAUGGGGUGCAGUAGUCUUGGGCUGAGCUGUGGUGAAUAUAGGCACACUGACAGUACAUUACAGUGAUAUAAUUAUUCUUGUAAUCUGUUACUUGACAAAAAACUAUAUUUUAUAUUCACACUAAUAACUGAAUUUAUUGCAUUUAGCACAAUAUAUUGUAUGUACAUAAACGUAUGUACUGUAUGUUACGGAAUAGCUGGCCUAUUUGGCCCAGAAAAUCUUGUCUUUUAAUUUUGAGAAUAGUUUCCAGUAUGUGUUAAUUGUUGGGUGUACUGUACUUUGUUGUAAAUUCACCAACACCCUAAGCAGAAACCUUUUCAUCUUUGAGUGUUAUCCCUUCAUAUGCUUGGCAUUUCUCCAGCUCCUCUGGUUUCUUCAAUGUCUGGUUAUUUCAUACUCCGUGAAAGUCAUACUUUCCUAGCAGGCUUUCUAAAAAUUUUGACUGGGUGAAGACUUUACUGGGUAAAUAUUAAUUAUUACGGAGCAUCCAACACCAUCUCCUUAUGGAACUAGUGGUGGGAAGAUAGGUACUUUUCUAGCUGAAUCUUGUCACAUUCUGAUAUUUUUAAACGUAUUCGUGGUUUAUUUAACACAAACGAAAGCAUACAUUUGGUUUCUGGAGAGUUUUUUUAUCACUUGGAAAGUUAAAUAGAGGCUGUGGGCUGUGUGUGUGAUGCACGCUCACGUUGAUGCCUUUGGUGACACUGCGAGUAAGAACGUUCAACACUGCCCUUUGUAAAAUUUUUGAACAAAAAAUCUACACAGAACAUGAACCUCUUCGGCUGCUGUAAAUAAAUAUGAACAAUAA